AUGUCUUUUAAUGAUCGAGAAGAUAACAAAGAUAGAUCGUAUGGUCUCCAACUAGAGUACGAAAUUGAAGAAGCCGAAAAGCCCUGUGAGCAAUUGCCUGAUGGUGUUCGCUAUAUUGCAGAUACUCGCCGUCAAAGCAUCAAGCCUUAUCAGCCUGACCAUCAAGAAACCUCAUCCACAACCAACCUUGAAGAUACCCGUUGUAAUGUUCGUAAGCGAGGCUACUUGCCUAUUGAAAAUUAUGGUAUUAUUGGUAAUAUGCGAACCAUUGCAUUGGUGGGUACAGAUGCAUCCAUUGACUUUUUCUGCUUCCCUAAAUUUGAUUCACCCAGUAUUUUCUGUCGUAUGCUGGAUAAAGACAAAGGCGGUCAUUUCUCUAUCUCCCCCAGAAAGCCUCACACAAGCAACAAACAAAUGUACUUGCCCAACAGUAACAUCUUAGCCACUCGAUUCUUGUCUGAUGAUGGUGUAGCUGAAAUCAUUGAUUAUAUGCAUGUUCCUGCUCAAGGACAACGCGAAUACACGAAACCUUUAUUACCUUGGGUGAUCAGAAAAGUGCGCGUCAUUCGUGGCACUGUCGAAUUCAAGAUGGAAUGCUAUCCUGCUUUUAAUUAUGCUAUGAGCGAACAUACGACCGAGAUCGUAAACGAACAUCCAUCGGAAGAUCAAAAGAAUAUUGCGGGCCUUGAAGCGCAAUUGUAUCCAGAAGAGGAAACACAUUAUUACACUGGCAAUGAUCGCGUCGUGUUCAAGUCUAAGGAUCUAACGAUAGAUUUACGUCAUUUAGUGAGAUGUGGUGAUUUCGAUUGUCCUGCAAUUAAGAUCAAUGUCGACAAACAUAGUAAAGAACACAAGGGUCCUGGUGUAUGGGCCGAAUUCGACUUACAAGAGACUCAAGAAGUGACAUUUGUGUUGCGUGAACCUCCUGCUCCUCGUAAACAACACGCAAACAAGAGUAAGGAAGAAUCAAUUGCUGAACGUCGACUUCGAUUGGCUACAGACCCUCCCUUGACCAUCAGUUUACUCGACGCUCUCUUUAGACAAACUUCUCAGUAUUGGUUAAAUUGGGUCUCUCAAAGUACAUAUAAAGGUAGCUGGAGAGAAAAUGUAUUGCGAAGUGCAUUGACACUAAAGCUGUUGACUUAUGAACCCACUGGUGCGGUUGUGGCAGCUCCUACCUUUGGUAUUCCUGAAGCUAUUGGCGGCCCACGUAAUUGGGAUUAUCGAUAUGUAUGGAUUCGAGAUUCUUCUUUUACUAUCUAUGCUUUCUUGAGACUUGGUUUUACUCAUGAAGCAGGUGAAUACAUGAAAUACAUUUCUGAACGGUGCAGUGACUUGAAUGAAGAUGGCUCUUUGAAUAUUAUGUACAGUAUUGAUGGUGUCAAGAAACUGGAUGAGUACGAAUUAGACCAUUUGGAUGGCUAUAGAGGCUCUCGUCCUGUUCGAGUGGGUAAUGGUGCUUAUGAUCAUCUUCAGUUAGAUAUCUAUGGUGAAUUAAUGGAUGGUAUCUAUUUAUACAACAAAUAUGGUUCACCCAUUUCUUAUGAUAUGUGGUGUUCUAUUCGUCAACUUGCCAACUAUGUUUGUAAAAACUGGGACGUACCAGACAUGUCCAUUUGGGAAGUUAGAGGCCGUAAGCAACAAUUCACGUAUUCACUUGUGAUGUGUUGGGUUGCUUUAGAUCGAGCUUUACGAUUGGCUGAAAAGCGUGUCUUUCCUUGUCCUGACCGAAACAAAUGGAUGACAGCCCGUGAUGAAAUUUACGAAUUAGUACAAAACAAAUGCUACAACAAAGAACUCAAGAUGUUUUCUCAAAGUGUUGAAUCACCUGAAGCGCUAGAUGCUAGUACACUUAUCAUGCCUUUGGUCUUUUUCUCUUCGCCUACAGAUCCUCGGUUGUUAAACACCAUUCGCCGUACACUUUUGCCUCCUGAAAAGGGUGGAUUGGUUGCCAAUGACCUUGUAUUUCGUUAUAACUUUUUGACUACAGAUGAUGGUGUAGGUGGUCUAGAAGGUGCUUUUUCCAUGUGUACAUUCUGGCUAGUGGAAGCACUGACAAGAGCAGGAAGAUAUGAUAGAAAAUUAUUAGACAGAGCCGUUGUUAUGUUUGAAAAGAUGCUUUCUUACGGUAAUCAUCUCGGUCUGUUUUCCGAAGAAGUUGCCAGAUCUGGUGAAUUGUUGGGCAAUUUCCCUCAGGCAUUUACACAUUUAUCGUUUAUUAGUGGUAAAGUAUAAAGAGAGGGACUAAAUGAAAUCUGAGGAGAAAGGAAAAAGAUAAGGGAGAGAGAGAGAGAGAGAGAGAGAAGAGAAAGAGCUAGAAAUUAAUCCUAUUCUAUAGCUGCCUUUAACCUGGAUCGCGUUUUAUCUAAUAAGCACGCAGAUAUGCAAUAAGUGUGUCUGUCUAGGCUGCAUAGUAAAAAAAAAAAAAAAAAAAAAAA